AGCCCAUAAUGGUAUGGUCCAAUGUAGGGGUGUAGGUAAAAGUUCAGCAUAAUUUCGUGCAUCAAGAUUCCGGUAUGGUGAUAAAAUUGGAAAAUAUCUAUUGAAAUGUAUCAUCUCAAAUAAAAUUUCACGUGUAUUGAUGCAUAAAGACAGAAAUAUCUGCGAAAUUUUGAUUACCGAAACCAAAAGGUUUGCUGUUGGUUAAAAAAAAACACCCACGUAAAAAUAGUAUUUACCUUUCAAAGUUCGUGUCCUCUGUUUAUUUUCUUUAUGACAUGUAUGAGCUAUCGAGUUAAGUUUCGGUCGUGGACUCAGCUGUUUUAUUGCAGAAAUAUUUUGAACAUUUGUCAGUUUGUAUUUAAUCGAUCUUUCAGCCGUGGAAAUCCGCAGAACUGGUGUGAACAUAGCCAAAGUUAAAGACAAAAACUCUGCACGUUGUGUUUCCGAAAUUAUACUCAAUGUUUUGAGAUUAAGGCCUAUCUCAGAAUAUUUUCUACCUCCAGAGUCCAUGGUUUUAUGCUGCAAAAUGCAAGCUGCAUAUGGACGAGUAGGCCUAGGCCUACACUUUCAAUCGAGAUUUUCAAAUCUCGUACGAAAGGAGCACAUUUUGCUCAGGAAAUUGUGGACAUGUAGACUUGCCAGUGCUGGAAAUGAUAGAUCUUCAGUACUCCAAAGCAGAUCAUCUCAGUGGGCGUGGUUACCCGGGAUGCGUUCCUGUGAUUGUCGGAUGUCUUCAGGUUCUAGAACCGGAAGUGAUGUGGAAGAACUUGCAGACAGCAGAAUGGGUGAAAUUUCAUCGGGAGAGAAGGAUCGUGGGAGCGACGAAAGGAAAAGCGGAGGCGGGAUGCCACUAUCUUCGCUAGUCGAGGAUGAGGCAGUGGAAUUUGACAAACUCACUGCUGAUGAAAAGGAGAUUUACAGAUUGCACAAAGGGGCGUGUCAAGCUGGCCAGAGUUCCUACAUAGAUCCAUCAACGGGAUAUAUUGUUUUGACACAAUCAGAGCACAUCGAUCGAGGAAAAUGCUGUGGAAAUUGCUGUAGACAUUGCCCUUACGGACACGCAAACGUUCCGGUGGAGUAUCGUACAAAGAAAUUCAACUCUGCGUUCUUUGUCUGACAAUUGUUGAAUUGUUUUUUUAGAUCUUUGCUUAGCACCUGUACUACAUUGUAUUACUAAGUACUACAUUGUAUUACAUAGUACCACAUUGUAUUAC